UGUAAUAAUAAUAAUAAUAAUAUAGGAACUAAUAAGUAAUAUAUACAUAUUCUAUGGUAAACCUUCCCAAUUAGGAAUGUCGUCCGCCCUUUAUAUUUUUUUAUCGGAUCAAUUUUGUCGAUAAGGGUCAAAACCCACUAGCCGAACACAGCACAUGGCCAGUAAUAAUAACAACACUAAUGGUGAUGUAUCAUCAUCACCAACCCCAUAUGUAGCAUAUGUAGCCCAUGUGACCGCCUCCGUGUUACUUAUAAUAUGUAAUCUAAACAAUAUUUUAUAACUCUAAUUUACCAUUGUGGGUGGAAAAUUUCAUGGACUACCACAGAGCCUUGCCUUAUAAAAAGCUCGUAGAUCCUCAACCACAUCCUUUUUGCGUCUUACAGAUGGCUGCAUUGUGACACUAUGCUUCAUCAACCUACUGCUUAUUCUACAUAUAAAUAUAAUCGGUUGUUAUCUACAACAACUUUGUCUUUGGCUAAGACUCUGUCGACGCCAUAUAAAUUCCGAGUCUACAAGCCCCCUCUUUCCACCAAAACAGUUCGAGUGGUGUCGCAAGUUAUUGAUGAUGAAGAGUUUGACACUGAAAACAACAAUGGAUACUCUAAACAGUUUGAAUUUGUCAGUCAUGACAACAUCAACAACAAUAUCAACUCAUCCUCCAUCACUACCAUUACUUGGCCCGUUCUCAACCAGUCCCUCAGCCAGGACAAGUUUCAGCCAGGUGAUAAAUUGACGGAAUUAGGCCGGAACUUGAUAAAGUUUUUGAACGAGCUCGGUCUCACCAACUCAACAUUAGUGAGUCUAGGAAAUAUUGAUGCGGAUAACGAUACUUCCAUUACUAAGACGUCUAAAGUAUACUACUGUGACUUGAGAUUUGAGGUCAAGUACAAAUCACAACCGUUCACUAUCCACUUGAAUCUUAAUUACGUGUCGAAGUAUGCAGCCAAACAACUUCCACCCAACUUGUUCAUAACCAACGAACAAUUGGUAGACUAUUUGAAGUCCAAGAUUAUUCUUCGAAGCAAGUCGUCCUCUACAUUACAGUUCGAAUACAAGUUGAAGUUAUUGUUGCGCCUACAAUCCAUCAAGUGUCACAUCAAUGAUCUUGAGUUGGAUUUGUAGUACUAUACAAAAGCUGGUCUUUUGUCGGUUUAUUUUAGUUCAGUUAACAACCAUUAGUGUAUAGUUUAUAUGUUCACUUCUAUCUAAUGCAUUAAUACCACUAUUUACGUAGCGCUACCAUACAUAUAUCCGUAUUCUAUGCUAUCGCCAUCUUUUAUUGGACGCGAUAGUCUAAUGCGAUAGUCUAAUUACUGCCUAACGACCACUGGAGGUAGGUUUAAAUCCACGAAAAUGAACAAAUAAUUAUGUAAUCAAGAGAGAAACUAUUUCAACAUUUUUGAGAACCAUUCAUCACCAAAUUGGAGUGAAUCUUUCAAUGCCUACGCUAAUGUUGUAUUCUUAUUUAUAAACUACAACACACUACACAUUUUACGUGUACAACUAUCUGGCAAUGAAAUUGUAGUGAAUUGUAGUGAAUUGAAUUAUAGUGAGAAUGUAAUAUACCCCAAUUACCCCAAC